AUGUCCCCAAGCAGUUGGCUGUGCCUGGAGCAAAAGGUGGCUAGGAAUGAGGUGACCGGGAGUGAGGUGGCCGAGAGUGAGGAGGCCAGGAGUGAGGUGGCCGAGAGUGAGGAGGCCAGGAGUGAGGUGGCCGAGAGUGAGGUGGCCGUGAGUGAGGUGGCCGAGAUUGAGGUGGCCAAGAGUGAGGUGACCGAGAGUGAGGUGGCCGAGAGUGAGGUGGCCGAGAGUGAGGAGGCCGGGAGUGAGGUGGCCGGGAGUGAGAUGACCAGGAGUGAGGUGGCCGGGAGUGAGAUGACCAGGAGUGAGGUGGCCGGGAGUGAGGUGGCCGUGAGUGAGGUGGCCGUGAGUGAGGUGGUCAAGAGUGAGGUGGCCAGGAGUGAGGUGGCCGAGAGUGAGGAGUCCGGGAGUGAGGUGGCCGGGAGUGAGGUUGCCGAGAGUGAGGUGGCCGAGAAUGAGAUGGCCAGGAGUGAGGUGGCUGUGAGUGAGGUGGCCGUGAGUGAGGUGGCCGUGAGUGAGGUGGCUGAGUGUGAGGUGGUCGUGAGUGAGGUGGCCGUGAGUGAGGUGGCCGAGAGUGAGGUGGCCGGUAGUGAGGUGGCCGUGAGUGAGGUGGCCGGGAGUGAGGUCGCCGGUAGUGAGGUGGCCGGUAGUGAGGUGGCCGGGAGUGAGGUGGCCGAGAGUGAGGUUGCCGAGAGUGAGGAGUCCGGGAGUGAGGUGGCCGGGAGUGAGGUGGCCGAGAUUGAGGUCGCCGGUAGUGAGGUGGCCGUGAGUGAGGUGGCCGUGAGUGAGGUGGCCGAGAGUGAGGUGGCCGAGAGUGAGGAGUCCGGGAGUGAGGUGGCCGGGAGUGAGGUUGCCGAGAGUGAGGAGUCCGGGAGUGAGGUGGCCGUGAGUGAGGAGUCCGGGAGUGAGGUGGCCGUGAGUGAGGUGGCUGAGUGUGAGGUGGUCGUGAGUGAGGUGGCCGUGAGUGAGGUGGCCGUGAGUGAGGUGGCCAAGAGUGAGGUGGCCGAGAGUGAGGUGGUCGGUAGUGAGGUGGCCGAGAGUGAGGUGGCCGGGAGUGAGGUGGCCGAGAGUGAGGUUGCCGAGAGUGAGGAGUCCGGGAGUGAGGUGGCCGGGAGUGAGGUGGCCAAGAUUGAGGUCGCCGGUAGUGAGGUGGCCGAGAGUGAGGUGGCCGGGAGUGAGGUGGCCGGGAGUGAGGAGGCCGGGAGUGAGGUGGCCGGGAGUGAGGUGGCCGGGAGUGAGAUGACCAGGAGUGAGGUGGCCGGGAGUGAGGUGACCGGGAGUGAGGUGGCCGAGAGUGAGGAGGCCAGGAGUGAGGUGGCCGAGAGUGAGGUGGCCGUGAGUGAGGUGGCUGUGAGUGACGAGGCCAGGAGUGAGGUGGCCGAGAGUGAGGUGGCCGUGAGUGAGGUGGCCGGGAGUGAGGUGGCCGGGAGUGAGGUCGCCGGUAGUGAGGUGGCCGGUAGUGAGGUGGCCGGGAGUGAGGUGGCCGAGAGUGAGGUUGCCGAGAGUGAGGAGUCCGGGAGUGAGGAGGCCAGGAGUGAGGUGGCCGAGAGUGAGGUGGCCGUGAGUGAGGUGGCUGUGAGUGACGAGGCCAGGAGUGAGGUGGCCGAGAGUGAGGUGGCCGUGAGUGAGGUGGCUGUGAGUGAGGAGGCCGGGAGUGAGGUGGCCGAGAGUGAGGAGGCCAGGAGUGAGGUGGCCGGGAGUGAGGUGGCCGGGAGUGAGAUGACCGGGAGUGAGGUGGCCGGGAGUGAGGUGGCCGAGAGUGAGGUGGCCGGGAGUGAGGUGGCCGGGAGUGAGGUGGCCGGGAGUGAGAUGACCGGGAGUGAGGUGGCCGGGAGUGAGGUGACCGGGAGUGAGGUGGCCGAGAGUGAGGAGGCCAGGAGUGAGGUGGCCGAGAGUGAGGUGGCUGUGAGUGAGGUGGCCGAGAUUGAGGUGGCCAAGAGUGAGGAGGCCAAGAGUGAGGCGGCCGGGAGUGAGGCGGCCGGAAGUGAGGAUGCCGGUAGUGAGGUGGCCGUGAGUGAGGUGGCCGAGAGUGAGGUGGCCGGGAGUGAGAUGACCGGGAGUGAGGUGGCCGGGAGUGAGGUGACCGGGAGUGAGGUGGCCGAUAGUGAGGAGGCCAGGAGUGAGGUGGCCAAGAGUGAGGUGGCCGGGAGUGAGGUGGCCGGGAGUGAGGUGGCCGGGAGUGAGGUGGCCGAGUGUGAGGAGGCCGGGAGUGAGGUGGCCGAGAUUGAGGUCGCCGGUAGUGAGGUGGCUGUGAGUGAGGUGGCCGAGAUUGAGGUGGCCAAGAGUGAGGUGGCCGGGAGUGAGGUGGCCGGGAGUGAGGUGGCUGUGAGUGAGGUGGCCAGGAGUGAGGUGGCCGUGAGUGAGGUGGCCGGUAGUGAGGUGGCCGAGAUUGAGGUGGCCAAGAGUGAGGUGGCUGUGAGUGAGGUGGCCGGUAGUGAGGUGGCCGAGAUUGAGGUGGCCAAGAGUGAGGUGGCCGGGAGUGAGGUGGCCGAGAGUGAGGUGGCCGGGAGUGAGGUGGCCGGGAGUGAGGUGGCCGGGAGUGAGGUGGCCGGGAGUGAGAUGACCAGGAGUGAGGUGGCCGGGAGUGAGGUGGCCAUGAGUGAGGUGGCCGGGAUUGAGGUGGCCGGGAGUGAUUUCAAGAAGCAGAAGUAA